AUGCGAAGUUAUGUGGAAUCGCUUAGUCCCGCUGAAGAUCAGCUUAGUCUCUUUGAAAUAGUGACCAGCGAACCGUUAUCACCAGAUUCAAAGUGGACAGUGAAAACGUAUCCUUCGCUCGAACCUGGUUUCUUUUAUAAGUUCAACCUUGAACAACGACAGAGAGAGUUGCAGAUAUUGGUCAAUGCCACUUGCACUGUCGCUUUUUUGAAGCAGUGUCUUUCAGUUGAGAAAUGCCGAAACGCAUGUUCAAGUAUGGGUGCUUCUUCAUAUCGCUGGUUUCACACGGGGUGUUGCGAAUGUGUUGGUCAAAACUGCAUUGAUUACGGGGUUCGCGAGGGUCUUUGUGCUGAAUGUGGUGAACUGGAAGAACUUUCCGAAAAUACGGUCGACGCCAAACUUUCAGACGAACUUUAA